UAAAUAGCCACUCAAUCCUUCAUUUAAAUUCUAGCCACUUUUUAUUCUUUCAAUUACAAAUGGAGAAAAGUGAAUCAACCAAAAUUGAUGUUGUGGAAACCAACAGAGAAAAGAAAGGAAAAGCCCCACUUUUGGGAACAGCAGCUCCUGCUAUUGUUGCUGCUGUUGGUCAUGAUGGACAUGCAAAAGGAGGUGGUGCUAAAAGAGGAAUUGCAAUUUUUGACCUUAUUUUAAGAAUAGCUGCUUUUGCUUCUGCAUUAGGUGCUACUGUGGCUAUGGCUACUACUGAAGAAACUCUGCCCUUUUUCACUCAGUUCUUUCAGUUCGAAGCUAGCUAUGACGAUCUUCCAGCUUUUACGUUUUUUGUGGUAGGUAUGGGAAUAGUUGUUGCAUACCUUGUCCUCUCUGUACCUUUUUCUAUAGUGUGCAUUGUACGACCCCAUGCAGUUGUACCAAGGCUCCUCCUCAUUAUAUUUGAUACGGUGAUUAUUGCAUUGGCAACGGGUGCAGCAGGGUCAUCAACAGCCAUAGUGUAUUUGGCUCACAAUGGAAACCAAGAUGCAAAUUGGUUAGCAAUUUGCCAACAAUUUGGUGAUUUCUGCCAAAGGGCCAGUGGAGCCGUGGUGGCCUCCUUUGUCACGGUGGUGCUCUUGAUCCUCAUGGUGGUUCUCUCUGCUUUCGCUCUUCGAAGACACUAAGGUCGAGUUCGUUUUUAUGGAAAAAGAAAAAAAGUAUUCGCUACUACUUACAACACCUUCAUUCACUCGUUUCAUUGUAUAUUGGAAAAAUAAUUAGUGUUAUAUUGGAUUUGAAAUGUUAUGUGUUUCUUUUGUUUUGUUAAGGUGUGGAUGUUGUGUUUCUGUCUUUAUUAAAAAGGGGGAAUUUGGGAAGUCUUGUAAAUCAUAAUUGGUAAAUUCAGGGAAUCUAUAUUGCAAAUUAUGCUGUAAUUUUCAUAGUGAACUUUAUAUGUUGUACUUUUCAAUUUUCAUCCAUGUAUUAUGACUAUAUAUAUUUCAAUAUUCAUCUAUGUAU